AUGUUGCACUGCGUCGAUCUCCCCGAAGAUGUUCUAGUGAAGAUUCUGUGCCGGUUGCCUGUCAAAUAUUUGAUCCGCUUCACCUGUGUGUCGAAACGGUGGCGUUCUGUUAUCACUUCUGACCCUCAGUUUGCCAAAUCCCACCUCCAGCUAGCAUUACAGCAGGGAACCCUCCGUCAUAGAGUCCUCGCCUCUGCCUAUUAUUUCGACUUUAAUUUAGUAAGACUCUACGAUGAUGUACCCACUCGAUUUCAAUCAUUUGAAGAUAAUUCUUCAGUCAGAACUCUAACCUACCCAACAGAGGAGAAUAAUUAUCCACAAAUAGUUGUUUCCUGCAAUGGUUUGGUUCUUCUAGCUGAAUCCACUACCAGUCAAUUUAAUAACUUGUAUAUCUGGAACCCAUCAACCAGAUUUUCCCGCAAAAUACCUCAUCUACCAGAAGGGGACCUAUUCUAUUUCUACAAAGUUUACUCACUCAGAGAAAAGAUUUGGAAAGUUGUUGAAGUUCCUCCUUCACACAGCUGGAGUAGCCCUGUGGGGACUUAUUCAAAUGGAGCAAUUCAUUGGGUCAACUACUGCACGCCAGAGAAUUCUGAGAGAGUUAUCUAUGCUUUUGAUUUGGCGAAUGAGGAGUUCGGAAAAGUAGCAUUGCCUGAUUCAUUCCAAAAUGGAUAUGACAUGAAUGGGAGAACGAUAAGAACUCAGGUUCAUUUAGGAGGAUGCCUUUGUGUAUCUUCUGAUGCCGAUCAUGGGCUUAUUGAAUUCUGGGUCAUGACAGAGUAUGGUGUGCCUGAAUCUUGGGUUAAACUCUUUCAGUUUGAGGUAAGGGAUUUACGAAAAGUCUCUGCACACUCAUACUAUGGUUGUAGUCCUAUUUUUGUGACAGAAGGCGGCACAGUUUUGAUGAAAUUUUCUGACAAGAUGGAGUUUUUUAAGAUCGAACGCUCCAAGGAAGGGAAGCUGGUCUGCAGCCGUCGAUAUAGGCUUGAGGAGGAGGUGCAUGGGUGCAAGUAUAUAUCUCAUGCGACUGUAUAUGAUGAAACUCUAGUUUCGAUACCCGAAUGA